GGUAAUUAGUAAAAUUGUUGACGACAAAUAGCUCUUCACUUAUCUAAAGUUUCUGAAUGAGACACUGUUGGAAAUGUAUAUGAAUAGCUUUGAAAGCUAUAAAGUCUCUAGUGGAAAAACUACCACAUUGGUAGUUUUACUUGGUGAAAUGUGUUUAAAGAUAGGAGCCUCUCUCCCAAGGGCAUGCCCCUUGGGGUGACCCACUUUUGUGGGAGAGGGAGGACCUAAUGGACCACCACACGCGCGCCGUCCGUCCGGUCGGUCGGUCGGUUGGUUGGUUCACUUGAGACUAUAUAUAUUUUUGGAGAAAUUCCGAACGAAAUUAAUUAUUAAUCGGUUAUUCUGAGGUAUAUUCCUAAGGAUAAUCGACUAAAACGGAAUAUUCGAAGAGGGUAUUUUCCUAGGGGUUCGGCUCCUAUAAAUAGCCGCCUCCCUAGGAAGAAUGUUUAGAGAGCUUCGGUUUUCGCACAAAACCGCGAGUAUUGAGAGGAGCUGUUUUAUCCUGGAGACGACCGGUUGAUAGUCUGUCGUGCGCAUCGAAGGCAGUGCUGCGAACGUCUUAAAGAGAGCGACUUAGUCCGCGACUCAGCUCCAGAUUCGGUAACCUCGUCCCUUUUGUUGUUCCGUUCCUAACAAUUUUAAGACGUUCGGCUGCUGCUAUGUCGACUGAACAGAACAACAUGGGAUUGUGCAUUCCUAAUAUGGGUACCCGCGGGUUACCCGCAAAUACCCGUUUGGGUAAUGUGGGUACCCGUUAUACCCAUUUACCAGAAAUAGCUCGCUAGCUCCGCCUCCGCGUCUCCGUCGCUCCGCGCGCUUCCUCCUUCAUUCACCGGCGCGGGCCGCGGCGGCUUCCUUCUUCUCACUCUGCUGCGCCGCCUCCAAUAGCAGACCAUCAGCAGCCAACUUUCCCAACCAGGAGUAGGGGGAAUAUCAACAGCAUCACCAUUCACCCGGCGUUGUUAUCUAUUUAGGUAUGCAGCUGCCAUUCUCUUUUCUUUUCUACUUACAGUACAUAUUCUGGACUCUAAUUACUAGUUAGGUUUGUUCUGCUAAUUACUAAUUAUGUUUCUAAUUUCCACCAUAUGUCUAUUUGGUUUAUGUUGAUUUGGUUUAUAGUUUCCAUGGCUAAUCAAGGAAUGAAACUUUGGGUAUUUAUGGGUAUUAUGGGUACCCGUUAUCCGUCCCGUACGGGUAAUGGAUACCCGUUUCCCAUAUGGGUUUGGGACAUGGGAAGGACUUUGGCCUCCAAAUGGAAUUGGGUACCCGUUCAAAACGGGACGGGUAUCCCGUCCCGUCCCGUUGUCCACCCCUAAAGUUGAGAACCGGUUCUAUAACGGAAAGAAACAACAGAUUCGUCGUAAGCACAGUACUGUAAGAGAACUCCUAACGAUAGGAGCAGUGAGGGUGGAUCAUAUAAGAUCCGAGCAGAAUCUAGCUGAUCCUUUGACGAAAGGAUUACCUAGAGAGAAAGUCCAGAAUACCGCCAAGGGUAUGGGACUUAUGCCUACCGAACCACGGACUACAAGUGAUGGUAACCCAACCCAAUAGACUGGAGAUCCCAAGAAAUGGGUUCAAUGGGUAAUAACAAGUCAUGAGUAGUAUGCGAAAAGUUCAUGCAUAGUGAAGCAUGAAUCCCAAAGCAUUGGAGGUUGAGUUAAUAACUCUUAAUGAGAUCUAUACCCUAUGUGGGGUGGAGUACUUUACUUUGGGGAUACUCUUGAUAGACUCACCUAUGUGAAUGUGGGAGUGGGGCCGCUCCCUAUGGAACUUUGGAGGCACAAAGUUGCUAGAGCGUUCACUAAACCAGGGUAACGUGCAUGGCCAUAAACGCACGGGCUAUGAAGAGAACACAACUCAAUGAAAAGAUCCGGUGUGCUACACUGUCUGAGAUAGGGUUCAAGACUACGAGUCACCCUUAUGAAAUCAAAAGUGUAACCACUACGCUAAGGUUCAAAUCUUCGCGAUACCUUAGCUUAUGCCCGAUCUUAUGGAACUGUUGAUGCUCAGAGAUAGUUUCAAAACUAUUCAAGUGGGGGAUUGUUGGAAAUGUAUAUGAAUAGCUUUGAAAGCUAUAAAGUCUCUAGUGGAAAAACUACCAUAUUGGUAGUUUUACUUGGUGAAAUGUGUAUAAAGAUAGGAGCCUCUCUCCCAAGGGCAUGCCCCUUGGGGUGACCCACUUUUGUGGGAGAGGGAGGACCUAAUGGACCACCACACACACGCGCGCGCCGUUCGUCCGUCCGACCGACCGGCCGGUCGGUCGGUUGGUUGGUUGGUUCACUUGAGACUAUAUAUAUUUUUGGAGAAAUUCCGAACGAAAUUAAUUAUUAAUCGGUUAUUCUGAGGUAUAUUCCUAAGGAUAAUCGACUAAAACGGAAUAUUCGAAGGAUAAUCCCUCCGGGUUUAUCUUAACCGACGGUUUUAAUUAAGGAAGUAAUUAUCUUCCUUAAUUAAUCCGACUUAUUCCCCAAGCAAGAGGGUAUAUUCCUAGGGGUUCGACUCCUAUAAAUAGCCGCCUCCCCAGCCCCUCUAAACACAUGACAACGAGCAGAAACACAAUAGAGAGUGUGUUUAGAGAGCUUCGGUUUUCGCACAAAACUGCGAGUAUUGAGAGGAGCUGUUUUAUCCUGGAGACGAACCGGUUGAUAGUCUGUCGUGCGCAUCGAAGGCAGUGCCGCGAACGUCUUAAAGAGAGCGACCUAGUCCGCGACUCAGCUCCAGAUUCGGUAACCUCGUCCCUUUUGUUGUUCCGUUCCUAACAGACACUAAAUCCAAUAACGCAAUCAAAGUUGA